UGACCCAAGUUUUGGCACCCUUUAGGCUGAGCGCUAUAGCUUAUUUGACCCGGAUAAAGCGGAUUUUAAGUGGGUAUUGCUGUGGGAAACUAAACUGAGUUCAAAUCCUUCUCUGAGUCUUGUUGCAUAAGAGGUUUCUCGAGCAGUCGAGACUGGUGUGUGAUUUUUUUGUGGUCAUGCUUGGUUUGUUAAAAUAGCUAAUGACAGGGAGGGCCAGGCCCAGUUCAGACCCAGAAGAUAGUCUAAUUAUUUGCUGAUUGCAAUUAAACAUGGGCCUAACUAUCCUGCACCAAUAACACAAAGUCACUUGUUAGGAUAAUUAACCCAGUUCUACUUAACUUUUAUUUGCAACUCCUCCGCAACAUGCAUAGGCUGCACAAAAUUGCUAGAAACACCGAGCAUGCUGAACUGAAAGGGUUAAUAAAUCUUUUUUUGCACAUAGGCCUACCGGAAAGUCCCGAGCAUGACGUUUGUGCCUGAUAAUUAAACGUGCAUUAAUUACAGAGACAGUGCGGAGGACAGGAUUCCGGGUACAGUUUCAAACUCAACACGUAAAUUCUACUUUGAAAUUAUAUUUUCGCAUAUGUGUUGUUUAUUCAGUAGCCCAUGAGUCAAUUUGUGACCAAAUAGAAUGUAGCACGUUGUAGCAACAAGGCUACUGCCGUUACUUUAUUGAAUUCCAAAUUGAUACAAUGUUCCAAAGAAGUAGCCUAUCUAACGUUCACUUGUUGGCCACAGUCUGUUUUGUGCCACGGCUUAUGGCGAAAGUCCGAGGCUUGGUUUACUGUUAAAUGCUGCAUUUCGUCAGGGUUGAAGUGAAGUUUCUGUACUGUCCAAUGGUUUUUGAAGCAAGUAUUCUACAACAAAAAAGGGACGCCCAUCCACAAGCUCCUCCUGCCUGACAGCAGGCUAGCCUACUGCCAGUGCCUAAUAUAAAGCGAAUGCUUUGGACCCACGCAAGGGCAGAGGGGGUUUUUGUCAGGGUUGAAGAAAAGUAGCCUACUGAAGAGAGAACCCAUCUUGUGCAACUGAAGACACGCAUUUUUAAGCAUUGCUAUAUUUACAUUUCUUCGAAUCGAAGAUGACCACAGCAGUGGCUUCGCCCUUUGACUUCAGCGAAGUGAUCAACAAGAGCAACAAAAUGCUGAACUUCAAGAACAACCUGCUAAGUGGACCUCAUGGCUUAUCCGUGCCAUGCUCCAGCGCCAACAUACCCAGCUCGACCCUGCUGGACAGGAAGGCUGUGGGCACCCCGUCAGCAGCGGGUCCCUACCAGCGGCGGCACUCUGUGACUUUACCCAGCAGCUCCAGCAGGUUCGGCCACAGCCAGUUCCUCAACAUGGGCAAGCCGACCACUGACAUGACCCUCCUGAGCGCUGGCAUGGCGAGUAAUAGCAACAACAUCUGUGCCAACAUCCUCAACAACAACAACAGCAGUGGUAGCAGCAACAAAGAGAACCGCCUUCGGGAGCGCUCCUUCUCAGAGACUGGUGAGCGCCUCCUGCACAAGGCCGCUGCUGCCGGUCUGACCCUGGGCCCUCUCCCCAUGACCAGUCCCACUAGCCCCACCUGCGGUGGGGGCAGCAGCCCCUGCCUGGGCCCCCAGAACGGCCAGGUGAACUCCAGCCGCUACAAGACGGAGCUGUGCCGCCCGUUUGAGGAGAACGGCGCCUGCAAGUACGGUGACAAGUGCCAGUUUGCGCACGGCGCCCACGAGCUGCGCAGCCUGAGCCGCCACCCCAAGUACAAGACGGAGCUGUGCCGCACCUUCCACACCAUCGGCUUCUGCCCGUACGGCCCGCGCUGCCACUUCAUCCACAACGCCGAGGAGCGCCGCGGCCCGUCCGCCUCCGCGCCCAUCUCGCCCCUCUCGGCCUGCAACGGCGGCAAGAUGGAGCGGCCCCGGCUCCACCACAGCCUUAGCUUCGCCGGCUUCCCCAGCGUCUCCUCCUGCUCCUCCUCCUCUUCCUCUUCCUGCUCCUCUGGAAGGAGCCUUGGCAGCUACAUGCGGGGCGAGGGGGUGCCCACCUCCCUCACCCCGCCGCCCAUCUUCCCGAGCGAGGACGAGCUCCCCGAGUGGCCCAACAACCCCUUCAACUUCCCCAGCCAGGGGCUGGCCAGCUACUUCUGCCCCUCGCUCAACUUGGCCUCUGCGGACAUCGAGGCCGCCACCACCACCAUCAUCAGCAAUGGCAUCAACACGCCUCCAGCCAAUGGCAAUGGCAGUCCACCAUCUCCAGACUCCUGCAGCGGAAUGGUGCUCUACAGGAGCGAGGCUAACGAGUCUCCUAAGCCCUUCAGGAGUGUGAGCGAGUCCCCGCAGCCAGACUCGGACCAGGAGGGGGGCUACCACAGCUCCGGCUCCAGCACAGGCAGCGGCAGCCUGUGCGGCUCCGAAUCGCCAGGCCUGGACAAGAACCGCCGCCUGCCAAUCUUCAGCCGGCUCUCCAUCUCCGACGACUAGGACGACCGAGAAGGAGAGUCACGCGGGUUCGAGAACAAAAUGAGUCGUGCGAAUAAAACGUCAAAACAAAACAGCACUGCGAAAGAUGUUGCCUUGGCCUGCGCUGGGUUGUGUUGUGCGUGCGCACAUCACGGUAGCAGCUGCAUUGGUGAUGGGACAGUGAGGCAACAGACACAUGAACACUUGAGUACACGAUCGCUCUCUGUGCGACCCUUUUUUUUACUCAGUUUCCCUCUCCCCUCGCUGCUCACAGGAGCUUUCCUAUGGGAGAAGAGAGUGAGGGAUACAGGGGAGUAGACUCGCUGUGUAGUAUCUUUCAUUUCUUCCUCCCUUUAUUUUGUCAGGUUUAGCAUUGUUUUGGUCUUCAGGAAAAAAAAACAAGAUGCAGUGAAGUAAGGGAACUGUGUGUUUUUUUUCUUUUCUUUACCUUUUUUUCCAUUUGUUUUCUAUUUGAGUAAGAUGAAAAAGGAAGAGAGAAAGAAAUCAAGAGAUGAUUCUUCUUCUGUGUAGAAGUGCCUAUAGUGUUGUCGCAGACAAGCCAACUCAACCCAGCUCCACAGUCUCAUCUCAUGCCUUAACUUAAAGCCUGUGUGCCUAAAAAGUGCCACACCAUGCAGGUGUAACACGCUAGGAUCAGGAGACUGCAGGAUGGAGGGAUUAGAACGUGUUGGAUGUUUUUGUUUAUUUUUCUUGUUGUAUUCCUUUUUUAUGUUCCGUUCCCUUCUCUCUCUUUCUUUUUUUGUGAGUUUCUAGUGCUGAAUAGUAAAGACUGUGCGAUGGGACAUGUCUCGGAGGGAAAACUGCCCCCCCCCCUCCCCAUCUCCUCUCCUUUUCUUUCUUGAUGAACACUCACAUUGUCAUUGUCUGUCACAAACCUACUUCCUGGACUUGCUAAAACAGACGUCCCACUGUCCUCCGUGGACCAAACACACAGCUGUUUCAGCUCCAGUGAAAGCUAACAGGAAAACCUAGUGUCCCAAGUGCCUUGGCUUUUGGUGGGGAUUUUUUCUUUUUUUGUGAGGGAAGGUGGCUGCAGAGUUGAGUAGAGGAGGUGGCCUGUAAGGACUACUGAUUUAGCCUUCUUAUUUUCCCGUUUCUUUCCCUUUUUUCUCUUUACGUACUUUCUUCUGAUACACACAGGGGCAAAGUUGGUGAUGGGAGUUUGCCCUCCCCCAAAUCCCCAGUGCAGUCGCUCCCCUCUCUGCUCCUAUCUGCAUGUCAAUCAGGAGACACACACACAAAAAAGACGACAAACGAAAACGAGAGUAUCAAGUUUUCCCUCCUUCCCCCCGAGCCACGCCCCUUUUGAAUAAGCUGCCAACUGUGGGGGAAUUCCAGCAUUCCCAUGAUCCUUCAGUGUAUCCUGCAAUUUAAAGCCUUGUGUUGCUCCCAAUCCUCUCUCUUCCUUUAUCUCCUCACAUUCUUCAUCUGUACACUUUUUCCAUUUCCUUUUUUUUAUGACUUAUUACGAUUGUUAUUGUUUUGGAACCUUUCACGUCUGAAGGUUGUUUUUUUUUUGCUUGUCACUGCUUAUUUAACUUAUCGAAACAUAUUUAUUGGUGAUCAUAUGCAUUUUUUUGUUAAUUGUUUGUAUUUAUCUUGUUAAUGAAACGAUAGAAUAUAUAUUUUCUUUUUAUGUUAAAUUAUGAUCUUCCGUAUUAAUCUAAAGAUUGUGAAGACUUGUUAACUUCCUUUUUUCACAGUUUAAUAUAUUGUACUACAAUGAACUUGUUUAAAAACUACACUUUGAUAAAUGAACUUAAUUUAAAUCAAAACGUAUGCAUUUUUGCAUUUUGAUUAUUUAUUAAAAACAUAUUUCCCAAAUAUUGGACUGCACAUUAAGCAAAAAACUGAGUAUUCAUUCCUUUGGAAAGGUAUUUUUUAUCAGUGCUUAUUUUUUAUUAUCAAGUGAGUUUACAUCUUUAAUCAUGCCCUUCCAAAAGGCCCUUCCAAGCCCAAGGUCAAGUUAAAGCACAGGGUCUCUCUUCCUGAGGGCUACAAAAUGUGCAUUGUGUGUAGGCCUAUACACACAAAACACGUAUUGCAGGUAUCUGAAUCACUGGCCAUGUGUUUUCCCAAAGGAAGGUGCACGUGGUAGGGUAGAGGUUGGAACAGUCAUACCGUUCUCCACCCACCCUUUUCUUUACUGACACAAUAAGAAGAACAAAACCACCCACUCACUUUUUUGCCAAUAGAUUUCAAACCCUGCCUUUUCAAUUCUGUGAUCGACCAAGUGCCAAAUGUAGCAAAGCGGCAACAAGUCUGUCAGGAGAAAACGGCACAAGUUCCAAACCAGGAGCUGUAGUGCAAACAUGUUCUGAACCGUUCCUUUUUUUCUAUUUAAACAAGAAUUUAAGGGGGUGUUUAAAUUAUUAGUUAUGAGUAAAGGUAUGUUUAGUGUUGGCAUAAUGACGAACUCCGCCCUGGUUUGAUUUUUGUUGAAGCCUUUAUUGGGAUGUCUGGACAUUUCUGCGUUUCUGUCUGACGUAAAAAAAAGUGCCCGUUUGAUACAUUCCAGUUAUGACCCCCUGCCUAGGUUUGGGAAGGAGAUGAUGGAUUCUCCAGGAACCCCUGUUGCCUUUUUAUUAUUAUUUUUCCUCAUUGCUGGGUAGCGAUCAUUUAACACAGUUGAUGCCAAGAAAGUACCUAAGCUGUUGAAUGUAUAUUUUUUUAAUGAUUUUUUUUGUUUUUUUUUGUUUACAGCUCUCGCUGUUCACUACAAUAAUUCCAUGUGAUUUAUUUCCUUUGUAAUGACUGAUUACAGUUUUGAACCAAUAAACCCCUUACUUUUGAGAGUGAGAA